CUCUAUCGUGACAGUCGACAGACACAUGUGAACAAGAUCUCCCAGAGUUUCAGCAGCCGGACCAGACGGAGUGUAGAAAUAGCGUGUAUUUCAAAAUAAGUGUGCGAUGAAUAAGGAUGAUAUAGUCAGUUAUUUUACUCAUUUGAUGGGAGAUGACCCCAGUAUUUCAGCAGCAGUGGCAGCUAUCCAGACAUUGAUGGAGUUUCUCAAGCUUAAUUCUGCUGAGACUUUAUCAGAGCUGCGAGAGAAUCUCAAAGAUGCUAUUGACACUUUGACCAAGACAGACAGUUCUGUGGCAUCCAUAUCAUCAGGUUGUGAGCUGUUUUUGAGGUUUAUUACAUUGACUGCCUUGGACCAUUCUGAUUUUCAAGAAUGUAAGACUAUACUUCUCAACCGAGGCAAUGUGUUCCUUCAAAAAGUGGGAAUGUGCAGGAAGAAGAUAUCUAAGCUGGGACAUCCUUUCAUUAGUGAUGGCGCUACCAUCCUGACCCACUCUAGGUCACGUGUUGUUAUGCAAGUGUUGAAAGAAGCAGUAGAAGCUAAGAAAAGAUUCAACGUCUACGUCACAGAGUCUCAUCCCAACAAAUCUGGGUGCCAAAUGGCUGAGGAACUUAAUGCCAUGGACAUCCCAACUGUUGUCAUACUGGAUUCAGCUGUAGGUUACAUUAUGGAAAAGGUGGAUCUGGUGCUAGUUGGCGCAGAGGGUGUGGUUGAAAGUGGUGGGAUUAUAAACAAGAUUGGAACAUUUGGGAUGGCUGUGGCUGCUAAGGAAAUGAAUAAGCCUUUUUAUGUAGUAGCAGAGAGCUUCAAGUUUGCCAGGCUCUAUCCUUUAAAUCAGCAGGAUGUGCCAAAUCAGUUCAAGUACCAAGCCUCCAAGCUGAGCAGCAGUGCAGAUCUGCGGAUAGAACACCCAAUGGUGGACUACACGCCACCAGCUUAUAUCACACUGCUCUUCACAGACCUGGGUGUACUCACUCCUUCUGCCGUCAGUGAUGAACUCAUUAAACUUUAUCUAUAGCACAGCACACUGAUGCUGAGGACGAUAUGGGGGCAGAAUUGAAAAUACCAGAAAAAAUCAUAUCUUCAAACUGUUCCUGCUUUUUAUAAUAAUGCCAGGGACUAAAGAGAUAAAUAAGGCAUAUGUACUGCAAUUAAAGCCAUGGCAGUAAGAUUAUGUAGUCUUUUUUGGGAGUUGAAGUAUAAACACUUAUAAUUAUGUGAUUGUAUAUUAUUUAUUUAAAAAUAAUUAAAAAUAUAUUCCUGAAAAAUUGAAAGUGUUGUUAAAAAAACUAUACUGUUGUCAAUGUGUCAUCAGCAACAGUGGUAUAUAAUAUGCACAUGUGUUAAAUAGCACAAGGGGAGGUCACUCUGACAUUCAGUCUUUGAGUGUGAGCUUUGCUAACCCAGUAAGUCCUCGUCUGCAGCUGUGCCAAAUACAAAAUUCAAGUCUCGUUCCACUAUCAUGGGAUGAUAUGUAUCCUCAACGUGCCUCAGUUCUGCCCAUUCUGCGUCAGUUAGGCGGUUCACAAGAACAUGGAAUCUGGUGAGUUGCAUUUCGCAUAUUGCCUCUAUUGUUGAAACCAUCAAAAUUCC